UUUUCUCUUUUCUCUUUGGAUUCUAUAAAUAGAGCUAAUAGUAGCCAUAGAAUUUAUUCUCACGGUUAACAAAAAAGAAUUCUAUCUUAGCUUAGCUUGCGAAGCAAGAGAUCGAAGAUAGAUCAAUAAUGAUGGGUAGAAAGUUUGAGAGUUGGGACUGCAUUAACAGCUUCAAGUGCUGUGGGAAUCUGUCUCCUCAGCCACACUACCCCUCCAUGACGACAUAUCCUAAAAGGAUGUCGCCGGAAGCGGCAGUGGUGGCUGAAGGAUCGGAGGCGAAAGCGGUGUUGAGUGUGAUGGGAAUGACAUGUGCUGCUUGCGCUGGAUCUGUGGAGAAAUCUAUCAAACGCUUACCUGGGAUUCUAGAAGCUGCCGUUGAUGUAUUGAAUGAUAAAGCUCAGGUUCUAUAUUAUCCAUCUAUGGUUAAUGUGGAGAGAAUAUGUGAGGCCAUUGAAGAUGCAGGAUUUGAAGCAAAGCUUAUUGAAGAAGAAUCAAAUGAUGAACACCCUUUUGAGAUAUGUAGAAUACACAUAAGGGGCAUGACUUGCACUUCUUGCUCUUCAACUCUUGAAUCAGCUCUUCAAUCCCUUAGAGGUGUGCACAAUGCUCAAGUUGCAUUGGCAACUGAAGAAGCAGAAAUUCACUAUGAUCCUAACAUUGUAACCUAUGAUCAACUCAAAGAGGCUAUAGAGGACACUGGAUUUGAAUCCAUAUUAAUAAGCACUGGAGAGCACAUAAGCAAAAUACAUCUUAAAGUUGAUGGAAUUAAGAAUGAACAAUCAAUAAGUGCUAUUCAGAAAUCUCUUCAAUCUCUUCCUGGAGUUGUAAACAUUGACACAUAUAUUGACAUCAACAAAAUUUCUAUAGCUUAUAAACCUUACAUGACAGGGCCUAGAACCUUCAUUCAAGUCAUAGAAUCUGCAGGUUCUGGAUGUUUCAAAGCGGAGAUAUUUCCGGCCGAAGAAGGAGGGAGGGAGACACAUAGGAAGCAGGAGAUUAAGCAGUACUUCAAAUUCUUCAUUUGGAGUUUGGUUUUCACCAUUCCUGUGUUUCUAACAUCAAUGGUUCUUAUGUAUGUACCUGGAAUUAAACAUGUUCUUGAUAUCAAAAUUGUGAAUAUGCUUAAAGUUGGACAGUUAUUGAGAUGGGAAUUGGCUACACCAGUGCAAUUCAUCAUAGGAAGGAGAUUCUACAUUGGAUCAUAUAGAUCAUUGAGAAAAGGCUCUGCCAAUAUGGAUGUGUUGAUUGCAUUGGGAACCAAUGCGGCAUACUUGUAUUCUGUUUAUGUGGUGGCAAGAGCUGCAUUCUCAAGAGAUUUCAAAGGCAAUGAUUUCUUUGAGACAAGUUCUAUGCUGAUUUCGUUUAUUCUGUUAGGGAAGUAUUUAGAGGUGUUGGCCAAAGGGAAAACAUCUCAGGCCAUUGCUAAGCUUAUUGACUUGACACCUGAUACAGCAAUCCUGUUGAAUCAAGAUGGUGAAGAACAGAUUGAUAGCAGGUUGGUACAAAAGAAUGAUGUGAUUAAAGUUGUUCCUGGCGCCAAAGUUGCUUCGGAUGGAAUUGUUAUAUGGGGCCAGAGCCAUGUCAAUGAGAGCAUGAUAACCGGAGAGGCAAGGCCGGUGGCAAAAAGGAAGGGUGACAUGGUGAUUGGAGGCACAGUGAAUCAGAAUGGAGUCUUGCAUGUUAAGGUAACAAGGGUUGGAUCAGAGAGUGCCCUGUCUCAGAUUGUUCGACUAGUCGAGUCUGCUCAGAUGGCGAAAGCUCCAGUUCAAAAACUUGCUGAUCACAUUUCUAAGUACUUUGUUCCUCUUGUCAUUCUGCUUUCUUUUUCAACUUGGAUUGCUUGGUAUUUAGCAGGAAAGCUGCAUGCAUACCCAAAAUCAUGGAUUCCAUCUUCCAUGAACAGCUUUGAGCUUGCCCUUCAGUUUGGGAUAUCGGUAAUGGUCAUUGCAUGCCCUUGUGCUCUAGGCCUAGCCACUCCUACAGCUGUUAUGGUUGGUACUGGAGUUGGUGCAACUCAAGGUGUGUUAAUCAAAGGUGGACAAGCUCUAGAAAGUGCACAUAAGGUGAAUUGCAUUGUGUUUGACAAGACAGGUACUCUCACAAUUGGGAAGCCAGUGAUUGUAACUACAAAGCUCUUCAAGAACAUGUCAGUUCAAGAUUUCUAUGAACUUGUUGCAGCAGCAGAGGUGAAUAGUGAACAUCCCAUAGCCAGGGCUAUUGUUGAGCAUGCCAAGAAGAUCAUCACAGAAGAUGAACAGAAUCAUACCUGGCCAGAAGUGCGCGACUUUGUUUCGAUAUCAGGCCAUGGAGUUAAGGCCAUUGUUCAAAACAAGGAGAUAUUGGCUGGGAACAAAAAACUGAUGAUGGAUCACAACAUAGCCAUUUCAGUGGAUGCUGAAGAAGUUCUAGCAGAAGCUGAGAGAUUAGCUCAAACUGGGAUUUUAGUAUCCUUAGAUGGAGAAAUAGCUGGAGUCUUGGCUGUAUCUGAUCCAUUGAAACCUGAUGCAAAGGAAGUUAUCUCAAUUCUCAAGUCCAUGAAGAUCAAAAGCAUCAUGGUCACAGGUGAUAACUGGGGUACUGCUAAUUCCAUAGCUAGACAAGCUGGUAUUGAAACUGUUAUGGCAGAAGCCCAACCUCACACUAAAGCUACUCAAGUAAAAGAUUUGCAGAAUUCUGGCUACACUGUGGCAAUGGUGGGAGAUGGAAUCAAUGACUCACCAGCACUUGUGUCGGCCGAUGUAGGAAUGGCGAUUGGUGCUGGCACAGACAUAGCUAUUGAGGCAGCAGACAUAGUUUUGAUGAGAAGCAACUUGGAGGACAUAGUAAUAGCCAUAGACCUUGCAAAGAAAACCUUCAACCGAAUUCGCCUCAACUACAUUUGGGCACUUGGUUACAACCUCUUAUCAAUCCCAAUUGCUGCAGGCAUACUUUACCCUUCCACUAGAUUCAGAUUGCCACCAUGGAUUGCUGGGGCUGCAAUGGCUGCCUCUUCUAUCAGUGUUGUUUGCUCCUCCCUCUUGUUGAAGAAUUACAAGAGACCAAACAAGCUAAACAAAUUGGACUUAAAUGCUAUAAAGAUUGAGUGACAAAACUAUUUACAUCUCCAUUGCAUAAAGUUGUAUAUAGAACUACUCUCUGAAUGUGAUAAAUGGUUCAAUGAUACAGAUUUUAGUGAA